AGAUGUAAUAUAAGCUAUUUUUUCAUGUUCAGCCCUUAUUUUUUCCGGUAAUCCUGAAGCUGCAGACAGGGUGCGAAAUCAGCGCUUACAUGGCGAUGCAUUUCCUUUUGUUCAGCUAGCUUACGUGCAGAAAUACAGAAGCCAAAAUCUUACAAAUGUUUCUCGUUUAAAAAAAUGAAAGGUGACUGAGGGGAUUUCCUGGCGUUAACCACCUACGUGGUCCAAUUUUAGACACACUGUUGCUUGGCAUUUCCGACGGCACUCCGAACGGCGGCGUUUAUUCAGCUAGCCUCGGCGAAGUUACACAUUUAUUAGCCAUAAAAACUUAGCUUUGUAAAUAUGUAACCCGUAGUCGUGUUAGCAUUCUUAGCGUUAGUAGCGGGCUUGUCGCAGUAAUGUUGUUUACAUCCGGUAAUGCUUGUUCGCAUGGAUGUGGUUGAUUGAGGGUUGUGUGAAUUUAUGGAAACAUGUCAAAGAAACGGGGCAGGAAGCGCAGCAGUGGAGAGCUGAGUGAGAGCUCGGCGUCGACCCUGAGUCCGGACCCUGACAACCUACUGGGCCGCAGGAUUCAGCACACCUGGAGGGAGAAGGGCAACGUAACCAAAUGGAAGGGCACAGUUUUGGAGCGCCUGUCUGUGAACACCUCCCUCUACAUGGUCAAAUAUGACGGCUUUGAUUGCGUCUACGGAAUCGAGCUCUUCAAAGACAGCCGGGUAUCCAACCUGCAGGUCCUGGCAGAGAAAGUUGUGAACAAUAAGAUCAAGGUGCCUCCUGGGGCGGAGGAGCUGGUGGGUCGAGCAGUGGAGCAUCUGUUCGAGAAGGAGGACGGGGAGAAAAAUGAGUGGCGAGGCAUGGUGUUGUCCCGGGCCCCAAUCAUGACCCACUGGUAUUACAUCACCUACGAGAAGGACCCGGUGCUCUACAUGUACCAGCUGUGGGACGACUAUAAGGACGGGGACCUGCACGUCCUGCCGGAGUCAGAGAACAAACACCUGCUGCCAGCGGACAGGAAGCCAGGUGAGGAGCCAGAGAGCCUCGUCGGGAAGCAGGUAGAGUACGUCACAGAUAACGGUCUGAAGAGGACGGGUUUAGUCAUCUACCAGGUCCCGGCGAAGCCCACCGUCUACUACAUAAAGUAUGACGACGAUGUUCACAUCCACGUCUACGACCUGGUGAAGACCACCUAGUACUGACUGUCUGGUUUCAUCUUCAGCUGUUGGCUCAAGUUUUACCCCAACAAGUCGUUACCUGUUAAAGUGUUAAAGGUUUCAGCUUUCCUCCAGUGGGAGGCAACAUGCCGAAAAGGCCAUUUUUUUUCUCAUCUUGUCCCAUAUGGGCCUGCGUCAUUCUAUGAUAACAACACAUCUUUGUUUUGAUUCUGAAUUUUAAGUUGAACUUAAAAUAUGGCACUUAAAGUCCUCUUCCGUGUAAAUAAAGCAGAUCUGAGAUCAGCUGUGUAGCCCAGCAGGUGAAAUCGUAGGCGUUGCUGUAUGGUGCGACUCCCAAACUCAACAAAAGUUCAUACAACACAUCAAACUAAUGUUUUUCUUUUCUCUUUCUGCUUGUGUUAUUUAUUUGAAUCUGGAAUAUCUGGCUCUGCUGCUGGUAAGGAAACAAAAAACAACAAAGAAAACUGUGUCUGCUGUGUUUCAUGUGUGUCACUUGGUAGGCCUCAGUUUGUUGAAUAUAGAAAACCAUGUGUGCUGAUUUCCCAUCGCAGUGAACUCAGAUUUCUGUUGACUUGUAUAAGCAUUAAUGAGACUGGUGUCUCACGUGAAUAUAAAAACAGAAUAAGUGAAAAAUCCAUGUAUGAUAUUUCUGUUCCGUUUGAUCAUUCAAACUGUCAGUUUUUCUACAUUAAAAUAUAUCAGAAACACUGAUGUUGAUGUCAAGUUGUUUGAGACGGUGUUUGUGCUACGCACUAUUUAUGUAGUUCAAAUUGGCGAUCAACAAUGUUUAGUAUUUUGGACUGAAAGUCUUCAUUAGUUGCCAAAAAUGAAUGAAAUACUGUUCAUUGUGACCCUAAAUAUGUUUUGUUCUGUAAAUAAAAAAGACAUUUUUAUGAACGUACAACAAA